AUGCGGAGAGGCGUCUUAAUCUUCUUGGUGGUCAACCUCAUCAUUCUUUCAUUUCUGGUCCGCAGUGUCUUUACGCUUCUGUCAUUAUUGGUGGAAGAUGCCUCGGCCGACGCAAUCCACCGCGCAGAGCUUCCUUCGCCUAAUUCGAGUCUGAUCGAGCAACGGCCUCAGGUCAUCCCCAAGAUCAUUCACCAGACCUACAAGAACGAAUCGAUUCCUGAAGUUUGGGUUGAUGCUCAACGAAGCUGUAUCGACUUGCACCCCGACUAUGAGUACAUUCUCUGGACCAACGAGAAAGCGCGUGACUUUAUCGCCAAAGAAUACCCCUGGUUCCUUGAUACUUUCGAUGGCUACAAGUACCCCAUCCAACGCGCCGACUCGAUCCGUUACUUUGUCCUGGCCCACUACGGUGGAACCUACAUUGACCUUGACGAUGGCUGCAACCGCCGCUUGGAUCCUCUUCUCGCUUACCCUGCGUGGGUUCGUCGUACCGCUCCAACUGGUAUCUCCAACGAUGCGAUGGGAUCUGUUCCUCAGCACCCCUUCUUCCUCCGCGUUAUCGAACUCUUGCAAUCCUACGACCGCAGCUGGCUGCUUCCCUACAUCACUGUCAUGUACUCGACCGGUCCUCUUUUCUUGUCGGUUCUGUGGAAAGAAUACAUGCUCGACAAGCCCAGCGAGGCUGACAGGGUCCGUAUCCUCAUGCAAGACGAAUACAACCGCUACUCGUGGAGUUUCUUCACCCACCACGUUGGUAACAGCUGGCAUGGCAAAGACGCUCAACUGAUCUUCUGGAUGGGACAACAUUGGAUGUUCCUGACUUUCUGCGGCUUUGCUCUGGCCGGCGUCGUCGGUCUUGGUUCCUGGUGGAUCUAUGGCCGUGUAAUGAACCUGAGCUCCAGAUAUCGCCAUGGCUACUCGAAGGUACCGACAAUUGUCACACCGGCUGGCCUGUCGCCCACUCGUCGGGCACGAUUGGCAGUACCUACCCUGCUUCGUCGGGUCAGCUUCAACAAAGAAGACGAAGAAACUGGUCCCACAGAGACGUCAUACGAAUUUUACAGCAGAAAUGAUUAA